AUGAUCCAAGAAUCACAACAGUUGAUUUUCUGGUCGCCUGCUACAUUUCUUGCUAUGGCACCCAUUAGGGGUAUUUUUUCUUUGCAAAGAGCGGCUUUGGUGCAGCGCCAAAGUGAUAGGCUAGGAGUUGGCUUCAGGUCAUUCAGUACCCAAGCUGCAUCAAAUGCUGGUGCUCCUCAGCCACCGCCACCUCCCCCACCUCCGGAGAAAACCCAUUUUGGGGGCCUCAAAGAUGAGGACCGAAUUUUUACCAACUUGUAUGGAUUGAAUGACCCUUUCCUCAAAGGUGCCAUGAAACGGGGUGACUGGUAUAGAACUAAGGACUUGGUGCUCAAAGGUACUGACUGGAUUGUUAAUGAAGUUAAGAAGUCUGGCCUCCGAGGACGUGGUGGUGCUGGUUUCCCAUCUGGCCUCAAAUGGUCAUUUAUGCCAAAAACAUCUGAUGGUCGCCCUUCCUAUCUUGUUGUCAAUGCCGAUGAAAGUGAACCUGGAACCUGCAAAGACAGGGAAAUCAUGCGGCAUGAUCCACACAAGCUCUUAGAGGGCUGCUUGAUUGCUGGGGUUGGAAUGAGAGCUACUGCUGCAUAUAUCUACAUUAGGGGUGAAUAUGUGAAUGAACGAAUAAACCUGGAAAGAGCCAGAAAAGAAGCUUAUGAAGCUGGGCUAUUGGGCAAGAAUGCAUGUGGAUCUGGUUAUGAUUUUGAUGUCCAUAUCCACUAUGGUGCUGGUGCUUAUAUUUGCGGUGAAGAGACAGCGCUUUUGGAAAGCCUUGAAGGGAAACAAGGGAAACCAAGAUUGAAGCCUCCUUUCCCAGCUAAUGCUGGGCUGUAUGGUUGCCCCACCACUGUUACAAAUGUGGAAACAGUGGCUGUCUCUCCCACCAUUUUAAGGCGCGGUCCAGAGUGGUUUGCAAGUUUUGGCCGAAAGAACAACUCUGGGACAAAAUUAUUUUGUGUGUCAGGUCAUGUGAACAAGCCUUGCACAGUUGAAGAGGAGAUGAGCAUACCACUGAAGGAGUUAAUAGAGAGGCACUGUGGAGGUGUUCGAGGUGGAUGGGACAAUUUACUUGCUGUAAUACCUGGUGGUUCUUCUGUCCCUCUGCUUCCCAAGCACAUAUGUGAUGAUGUGCUUAUGGAUUACGAUGCACUUAAGGCCGUCACAUCAGGAUUGGGGACCGCAGCAGUUAUUGUGAUGGAUAAAUCUACUGAUGUCGUGGAUGCAAUUGCAAGACUGUCUUACUUCUACAAGCAUGAGAGCUGUGGACAGUGCACUCCAUGCAGGGAGGGAACAGGAUGGCUUUGGAUGAUCAUGGAAAGGUUGAAGGUUGGGAAUGCAAAGUUGGAAGAGAUAGAUAUGCUUCAGGAGGUGACCAAACAGAUUGAAGGCCACACUAUCUGUGCAUUGGGUGAUGCUGCAGCUUGGCCUGUGCAGGGUCUCAUAAGGCAUUUUAGGCCAGAGCUUGAGAGAAGGAUUAAGGAGCGUGCAGAGAGGGAAUUACUGGAGGCUGCUGCUUAA